GCCCGGCUCCUGUCCGCAGCCCCCUGGCGCUGACCCUGCGGCGGUAUCGGAGGACAGCGAGAUCACCGCACCGCUCUCCUACCUGAGCUGGGCUCGGCGCUGGCCAUACCCCAAGGAGUGUACCAGCCCUCCGUGCAGCCGUCCCAGGAGAUGGAAGACAAAAAAAUGCUGUGCAACUGCUUUGAAGUGGAGAAACUUGCCAGUUCCAGGGAGGAGAGGACUGAAGGUGACUUGAAGACAUUUUGGACACAAUUGGGAGGUAGAAGAGUGGACGUCAUAUUUGAGCAGGUGCAAAAUGUGCUGCUGGUACUAAAGCAAAAGAUCAAGAAUGGAACUGCCACAAACCAAGAAUGCUGGCAGGCUUGGGCACUGGUGAAUGAAGCUAAUCUAGGUGAUCUCUUAACCUCGACAAAUGUAGGUGAUGUGUUUGAUGGAGAUGGCCUACAGGAAACCAAACCCAAAUUGCAGCAUCUUCAAACAGAUGAGAACACUGUAAACUCUGUAGAAGGUGCUGACAGCAAAAAGGAGGAGGUGGAAAAAACAGGUUCAGGGAGUAAAGAAGCAUCCAGUAAAAUUCAAGAUUUACCUUUAAACCUGCAGUUUCAGAACCACAAGUGCUCCAGUGUGUGUCUUGCCAACAGAGCUGCAGGCUCCUACAAGGGUGAAAAUCCUCUUAAGAUACCAAUCUUGUUUCACUUUCAAAGACGCCAUGCAAAAGCAGAUUGCCUUUCGAAAUCCCUGGAUGUGAAUUAUAAAGCUCCUUGUGGACGAAGUCUCAGAAGCUUCCAAGACGUGCAAAAUUAUCUGUUUGAAACAGAGUGCAAUUUCUUAUUUGUUGAUAACUUCUCCUUCAACACAUAUGUGCUGUUGGGCAGGAACACUGUAACUCCCGAACCCCUCGUGUUUGAUUUUGAUAUUAGCAAUGGAGUCGAGUCUGUCCCCAUUUCCUUCUGUAAUGAUCUUGACUGCGCAAGAUUACCUUAUUUCAAAUAUCGGAGGGCAUCGUGGCCUCGUGGAUAUUAUCUCAACAAUUUCUCCAGCAUGUUUGUUGACUCAUGUGACUGCACAGAUGGCUGCAUUGAUAGGUCAAAAUGUGCAUGCCUACAGCUAACUGCAAGAUGCUGUAGUAAAACUUCUCUGUCUCCAAGUAGUAAAACAUCCCAUGGAUACAGUUACAAAAGACUGGAGGGACCUGUUCCUAGUGGAAUUUAUGAGUGUAGUGUGUUGUGCAGGUGUGACAAGAUGAUGUGUCAGAACAGAGUUGUACAGCAUGGCAUUCAAGUCAGGCUGCAAGUGUUCAACACAGAGAAGAAAGGCUGGGGUGUCCGCUGCCUAGAUGAUAUCGACAAGGGGACAUUUGUUUGUACUUACUCAGGCAGAUUAAUGAGCAAAGCUGAAGUUCAAGUAUUGGGAAAUGCUGAUCAAGAGCUGAAAGAGAAGAGUGUUGUGAAUGACACAGGCCAUGGCCUUUUUUCCAAAAAAAGAAAACUUGACUCUGAUUGUUCAGACUCUGUGAUUGAACUAGUGCAGACUGGCAAAAAUUAUAUUCUUGACAAGCAAGAAUCUUUGUCUCAGACUGUGGGUAAUGAAAAUAAAUCAACCCUGCUUCAUCCAAGGAAUUUAAGUAUUACAACCAUGAGAAGGCCUGGAACUAGAAGUGUUGUUUUUCAUCAUCACCAGCUAAAAAUGGAUAUUGAUACACUGGUGCACAGUGCCAGCUCAGAUGAAGAUAAUAGUUCUCAGAUUCAUCAGUCAAGCAAAACAAAACUAACCAGUGGAGCAAAGAAACGAAAAGAAAAAUCCACUCGGCAGAAGAAGGAAGAACAUCCAGUGGAAAUUGGACAGACUGAGUCUGGUGACAUGGACAGUGCAGAAUGCAAAAGAAAGAGUCUGUCUCUGCAGGGUGUUGGUUGUGGCAAGUCAGGUGUGCUGGAUGACACGCGUGUUGUGAGGCCAUGUAAAAAUGUACCACUAAAAGCUGACUGCGAAGAGGAAAAUUACAGGCAGUCAAAACAAGACGCAUUUUGUGAGGAGGCUGGUGGUGAUAGGACACUUCUGAAGAAUGGUAAUGAAGAAAAUAUUUACGUACUGGAUGCCACAAAAGAAGGAAAUGUGGGCCGUUUUCUUAAUCACAGUUGCUGUCCAAAUCUCUUUGCACAGAGUGUGUUUGUAGAGACUCACAACAGAAGUUUUCCAUGGGUGGCGUUCUUCACAAACAGGCAUGUGAAAGCUGGAACCGAACUCACGUGGGAUUACGGUUAUAAAGCUGGAAGCAUGCCAGAGACAGAGAUUUCCUGUCAGUGUGGAGUUCAGAAGUGCAGGAAAAAAACCUUAGUUUUUUUCCGGAUAAUGGCGAAGAUGGUGAGAAGAACGUGUGCGUUUUGUUCAGAAGGGGAGGCUGGUUCUGUAAUGUAUGUUGCCAAAGAGCGAAAUAUUGCAGCUCAUCAGGAUUGUCUGUUAUUUUCCUCAGGAUUUGUGGAAUCUGAAGAGUAUAACCCAGAUAAUCUGGAUAUAAGGUUUGAUGUGGCAUCAGUGUUGAAAGAACUCAAGAGAGGAAAGCGGCUGGUGUGCAACUUCUGUCGCAAGAAAGGAGCCACUGUGGGAUGUGAGGAAAGAGCCUGUCGCAGAAGUUAUCACUACUUCUGUGCGCUCUGUGAUGACGCAGCAAUAGAAACGGAUGAAGUAAAUGGAGUCUACCGAGUGUUCUGCCCAAAACAUGACCCAGGCAAUAGGACCAAUCACUAUGAUGCAGCUAAUAAGAGGAGAAGACACGCGUUGAAAUCUUCCACUGUCACGGAACAAAUGAGCACAGAAGAGACAGCAGAAGAGAACAGUCUACGAAUACUGAAAAGAAAAAACAGGCAUAAAGUCCGAAUCGACUUCCUCAGGAAAUGCAAGCAAGCCGGGCUUCUGGAUGACAUAUUUGAAGAAAUGCUGGACACACUUCACCUGGCACAGGAAAAACUGAUGGAUGACAACACUUCAGAAACAGAGUAUGAAGAGACAGUGAUGUCGCUCUUCGACUGUGGACUGUUUGAAAAUAUACUGACAAAUAUUCAUUCAGGAACAGAGGAAAAAAUCCAGGAACUUCUGGAAAGCAGGAAAAGACUGGAUAACAAGAUUGAGCUACUGCAGGACUUAAAAGCAGUCGUCCUUCCUACCCAAGAGACCACCGCUAGUACGUCUAGUACAGCAUCCGAAUAACCCCCGAAUCUGUCUGUAACGGUGUCAGUAUUUAGGAUUUUCUAAUGAUAGAAACCAUAGAGCACGUCUGGUCGGUGUCUUAAGUAAUUCCCUUCCUUUUUCCCCCAAGACAGGGACACAAGCAAGAACUGGCUGUUUUUAUACCUCACUGUUGCAAUAUUUUUAAGUUGUCCCUUUCUUUAAAUUUUACCAUGGUUACACACCAAAUUUAGCUUUUGUGAAAGCUCAAUACAGCCCUCCAACGAAGACUUUUUUCCCUCAGAGCCAAGGGAGGGUCAGCUGCCAGAGAGCACUUUCUAAGACCCCUUUAACCAUGGCAGCCCUGUUCUGACUGACUGUGCAGCUGCUGCUUCGCUGUCGGCACCUAGACCCUGGGGUUUUAAGGAUCACGUUGCUG